GUGUGUGAUUGAGAGAGAGAGCGAGGGAGAGCGAGGGAGGAGAAGGAGGAGUGAAAGACGAGUUUGUCCUGUGUUCUCCCAGCAGCAGGAGGGACGCAGCUCCACACUGGAAGCCCGGGACGCUGCACUCCGGCUCGGAUGGUUUCAUGGUGACACGCCGCCGGUGCUCCACGAGCCAUUAGAUCCACUGGAUCCUUGGAUCGCUGCAGGAUCUCUGCAGGCUCUCUGGAAUGCAUGCAGAGGCUCUCGGGCCCUCAAGUACAGACCCAGGACUCCAUGAGGAGCCACUUCUAAUAAGACUGACGGAGAAGGACUUUCUAGAGACCAAAUGAAGAUCUCAGCUUCGUUUCUUCGGGCAUGACCGUCUGGAGGUCUCAUCCCAGCAAGACGAGUUUGUCCUACAGAAAUCUGUCUCGCCUCGUUUCCAGGCCAUUCUCUUUUCCACACUGGCUCAAACGAUAAGGACUUAGAUAGAGGGCAGAACAGGAGGGGUGUGAGGGUGGUGGGCAGGGGGCUGCUGGUGCACGGGGACGGGCAGCACACAUCUCGGGAGGUGAGUGAAAGCCCACCGUCGCCCAUGCCGUCCCCUGCCCGCCCCGGUCCUCCUGCCCUCUGCAAUGGUGACAGGAUGGAAGAUCUCUUCUCGAUCCCAGCGAUUUGUUAGUGACUCGAGGACGGUGCGUGUGUACUCAAACAGGUGGCAUUGGGGUGACGAUGCUGGUGUGUGGACGCGUGAGACGGCUCUACAGGCAGCUCACGCUGCAGACCAGCCUACUGCUGCUCUUCCUCUUCUGCAUGGUCAGUGUGCUCAUUUCAGCCUACUUUCUAUAUGGGGUCAAGCGAGAGCUGGAGCCGGCGAGCGUCGGCGGGCCCGAGAGCGCAGACACCGAAGCCGCCGACUGGGAGGAUGCGCAAGCCGCCACCCCUUCCGCUCCGUCGGCCAGGAUCCUUCCUGCAAGGACUGCCAAGCCGGCAGACACGUCUCGCACAGACCCUGUGGUGCUGGUUUUCGUCGAGAGCCUUUACUCGCAGUUGGGCCAGGACAUCGUGGCUAUCUUGGAAUCGGGGCGCUUCCGCUACCAGAUUGAGAUCGCCCCAGGGAAAGGCGACAUGCCGACUCUCACCGACAAGAACAGGGGGCGCUUCACGCUGGUCAUAUAUGAGAAUAUUCUUAAGUACGUCAACCUGGACGCCUGGAAUAGAGAACUGCUCGAUAAGUACUGUGUGGAGUACGGAGUGGGCAUCAUUGGCUUCUUUAAGGCGAACGAGAACAGUUUACAGAGUGCCCAGCUGAAGGGAUUCCCCCUCUUCCUACACUCGAACCUCGGCUUAAGGGACUGCAGCGUCAAUCCUAAAUCGCCGCUCUUGCUCAUCACUAAGGCGCGCGAGGUGGAGCGAGGACCGCUGCCCGGGGACGACUGGACCGUCUUCCAGUCCAACCACUCCACCUACGAGCCUGUACUGCUUGCCCGGGGCAGGACCACUGAACCCGGAGGUCCUCCACCACCCCUGCAUGCAGCGGUGGUCCAGGACCUGGGGCUUCAUGACGGUAUCCAGCGGGUCCUCUUCGGUAACAACCUCAACUUCUGGCUGCACAAGCUGGUGCUGGUGGAUGCCGUGAGCUUCUUGACAAGCAAACGGUUGUCGCUCGCUCUGGAGCGAUACAUCCUAGUGGACAUCGAUGACAUCUUUGUGGGAAAAGAAGGCACACGGAUGAAAGUCACCGACGUCAAGGCCCUGCUGGAGACGCAGAACGAGCUCCGGACUCAUGUACCCAACUUCACCUUCAACUUGGGCUUCUCUGGAAAAUUCUUUCAUGCUGGCACCGAUGAGGAAGAUCUGGGAGAUGACCUGCUCCUGUCCUACAGUAAGGAAUUCUGGUGGUUUCCGCACAUGUGGAGCCACAUGCAGCCUCAUCUCUUCCACAACCAGUCGGUGCUGGCCGAACAGAUGCUGCUUAACCGCAAGUUUGCAGAAGAACACGGCAUCCCCACAAACAUGGGUUACGCGGUGGCUCCGCAUCACUCUGGCGUCUACCCCAUCCACAUGCAGCUCUACGAAGCCUGGAAGAAGGUGUGGGGCAUCAAGGUGACCAGCACAGAGGAAUACCCUCAUCUCAAACCUGCACGCUUCCGUAGAGGCUUCAUGCACAGCGGCAUCAGCGUGUUGCCCAGGCAGACGUGCGGUCUCUUUACGCACACCAUUUUCUACAACGAGUAUCCCGGAAGCCCUAAGGAGCUGGACAAACUUAUCAACGGAGGAGAGCUGUUCCUCACUGUGCUCCUCAACCCUAUCAGCAUCUUCAUGACCCACCUGUCGAACUACGGCAACGACCGCCUGGGCCUUUACACAUUUAAAAACCUAGUAAAGUUCUCCCAGACAUGGACCAACCUGAAGCUGCAGACACUCCCACCCGUGCAGCUGGCGCAGAAAUACUUCCAGAUCUUUCCAGAGGAAAGGGAUCCAAUCUGGCAGGACCCCUGUGAGGACAAACGGCAUAAAGACAUUUGGUCAAAGGAGAAAACCUGCGACCGAUUCCCUAAGCUGCUCAUCAUAGGCCCGCAGAAGACAGGAACGACAGCGCUCUAUCUGUUUCUGGGAAUGCAUCCUGAUCUGACCAGUAAUUAUCCCAGCAAGGAGACUUUUGAGGAGAUCCAGUUCUUCAACGGUCGUAAUUAUCACAAGGGCAUUGACUGGUAUAUGGAGUAUUUCCCUUUGCCUUCCAACACUAGCUCAGAUUUCUACUUUGAGAAAAGUGCCAACUACUUCGACUCAGAGGUAGCGGCCCGUCGAGCAGCCGCGCUGCUUCCUAAAGCCAAGAUCAUCACCAUCCUCAUUAAUCCUGCUGACAGAGCCUACUCCUGGUACCAGCACCAGAGAGCACACGAUGACCCUGUGGCCCAGAAAUACACGUUCCAUGAUGUCAUCACCGCAGGCUAUGAUGUUCCGAUCAAACUAAAGGUGCUGCAGAAUCGCUGUCUCGUGCCCGGGCUGUACGCAACGCACCUGCAGAGAUGGCUCAGCCACUACCAUCCCAGCCAGAUACUGGUUUUGGAUGGUCAGAUGCUGAGGACGGAGCCGGCUGCAGUCAUGGAUAAAAUCCAGAAGUUUCUUGGCCUCACAAACACUCUUAAUUACCACAAGAUCCUCGCGUUUGAUCCUAAAAAGGGAUUCUGGUGCCAGCUGCUGGACGGGGGGAAGACGAAAUGCCUGGGGAAGAGCAAAGGGAGGAAGUAUCCUGACAUGGAUGUAGAUUCACGACGCUUCCUUAGAGAACACUACCGCGAGCACAACAUCGAGCUGUCCAAGCUGCUGUAUAAGAUGGGACAGCCGCUGCCGAGCUGGCUGCGCGAAGAGCUGCUCCACAGCAGGUAGCCGGAAACUGGUGCUGGGGAGCCACAAAAAUGAAGGCGAUACACUCGCACUCCUCUACGUGCUCCUGAGGAGAUUCUACCUCUCCGAUAUCCUCCGAGUCAGCUACAUGCAGCUGGAUACGGCACACCAGAGGCUUCGUUCCGGAGGUCUUGGCUGUAAGAGGAAAAGAAACGGAGAGGGAAGGGGGGGGAAGGCAAGGUGCGGUGAUGGAGACGUUGACAUUCCCUCGCUUUUUCAUUUGAAAGAGCAUGGGUACCUAGGGAUGUCUGUCAGUACCUUCACACACACACACACACACACACACACACACACACACAUAUAAACUAAGUGUUUGGUCUGCUGAGACACCUAUAAAAACGUAUUCUAUUUGUUGUUUUUUUUUUUUUGGAGAGCCCUUUUUUCAGCACAGAGGCCAACGAAUGAACCAGGAAGGAACUUUCAACUUCGGUUUUGCUCAUUCAUUCAUCCAACCAUCCAUCUUUUCAUUUGCAUACAUCACGUUUGAGGUCUGAACCAGGAGCCUGUCUCGCCCUGAAGUCUAUUUUUGUACAAAUUUUCUUUCUUUUUUCUUUUUUAUUAGACUGCUCAUUACGUUUUCCCACUCGAACAAAACGUGACAUUUACAACAAAGAAAAAAAAAAAUCACAUCUACGUAUUUAUGGUGUACUUUACAAGUAAUAAGCUACAUCCGGAAAUAAAUGUGAGUGUAUAUAUGGACAUGUACAGAACUGUGGGAUCCUGGCGCGCGUCUUAUAUCGUUCAUAAAAUGAAUUAUCGCCUUAAGCCGGUUGCUGUUCGCCAGAAUGACGAACGAAAAGUGUUCAUUAGCAUAGAAAUGAUUCCAGGAUGAACCAGUGUUUCCCAAAGUGAGAGUAUCGACCGGAGGGUUGAUAUUAAAUGACCACAUUUUCAUAUUUUGUUCUUUUAUUCGACCCCCUUUGUUUUUUUUUUCCUUUUGGUCACAUGAUUCGUGUGCGUACGACUCGAGUCGGUCCUAUCGGAGAAUGUAUCGCUUCCUUUGGCACAUAAUGACCGUCUGGACUAUAUUACAGCCCUGAAUGUAAGCGCAGACCUCAUCGUGCCCUUCAUCGGUGAGCAGAACACCCGGUGGAAACGUACGGUAGGUUCCUCGUAAUGAAGUCGAGUAAGCAGUUCUUCCAGCUGUGAUUCAAAUAACGAACAAAACCUCAGCCCACCCCCACCCCCCCCUUCUUCCUGCCCCUUUUUUAUUUGGUGCUUGUGGUAUCAGUAAUGUAUUUUCAACCCCCUUCUAGUCUCGAGGACAUUAUUUAACUAUUCCACUCACAGCUGGAUGAUCAUGUCUUUCCAUACGCCUUCUGGUGUAAAGGAACGCUUGGUUCCAUAGGCUGUUUGGAUAUGGUCCAGAUUGAAGUGAUUUCCGACGAUGUGCAGGGAUGGACAUGAUAUAAAUCUCCGGUGUUCUGCCCUCGUCAGUGUUUCAUUGGAACACAGGGUGGAAAAACGUCUACCAUAUAUAGUGGUAACACUUUGAGGAAGAAGUGCAUAUGGGUGUGAUGGGCAGGGGUGCACAUACUUUUGGCCAUACCAAAUGCAAAUAUAUUGAACUUGCAUGUUGAACUAUGGUUUAAAUAAAACACUAAGCAAGUGCCGAUAAGAUCAAAAACAUCACCGAGUACCGAUUGAAGUGGAAGGCCAGGAAGCCUGACAAGUUCACCAUCUUGAUUUUGUUAGAUUUUUUACUCGAAUUGUAUUAUUUUUUAAAAACACUCUUGAUCGUGGAGGAGGGCUGAUCAUAGAGCUGAGCUCAAAAUUAAUUCCCGCCCUCAUUUCACAUUUUUUUUAACUUCAGAAAUACAUUGAAUUUGACCUGACAGUAUUGAUUUCUCUCGUAUCGCAAACCAAACGGUGUGAAAGCGGUUCGGAGGAAACGGUCCCUGAUAAGCACAACGUUCUUUUGUUUUUCCCUUUUAACCAAGAACCAGCGUUCCAUCAUAAAAGCUCGUGUACUAAGGAACGGUUGAAAGCGUUCUCUGAAGAUUUGUGUUCUUCGGUUAAACGCUUUUUCGAAGUGCUCCCGUUGAAGCGCACACGGUCUGUAAUGCUGACCCUCGCACCUUAUACACACGAUCCAGUUCUCAGCCUGGAAAGCAAAAAAAAAUAAAAAAUCAGAAAAAAAAACAUACAACCACCACCAUGCUGCUCAGAUCUUCAUGAUGUGGAGAACGGUCUGAUUUGUUUUUUGUUUUGUUUUUGUCCUGAUGUAUUUCUAACUAUAAUAAUAAUGCAAUAAUAUAUUUUCUUGACAAAGUCGGAAGUUUUGCACCAAGCACAAACCAUGUGUUCUCUGUGUACAGAAAGAAAGAACGAGAGGAAAGAGACGUUUUCCUCUUGUUGGGUUCCACAACUUUAAACUCCCCCACACACACACACACACACACACACACACACAAAGUGGUUCCCAUGAACUUCACACUGCCAAUCCUGUGCUUUCUGUAUUAUAAUGUAGGAUAUCAGUAGAUAGUGAUGUAAAUGAAAUCGAUUGUAAGGUAAUCAUCUGGACUGUACAAUCAAACCUAUCAUUGUUAAUAUUUUUUAUUGUUGGUAGCCAAUAUUUUUGUGAUUAAUUUGCAAAUAAAGAAACCACUGUCUUUUUA